AUGCUUCGACACUUUUCCAUCCCGUGCGGAAAGGACGUGAACCUUUGUCUCAAUAUAGCAGAACCAGCCUUACGCGCACAAGGCCUCAGUCUAACGACCUGGGCAUCAUCCUUUGUGCUUGCGGGUUUGCUCCAUAAACUGUCUGUCGAUCUUUCCUCCCUCGCUCCCAUACCGGUCCUUGAACUCGGCGCGGGUACCGGUCUUGUCGGUCUCACUGCGGCUGCGCUGUGGAAAUCACCAGUGAUCCUUACAGACCUGCCGCCGAUUGUACCUGGAUUGGCGGCCAAUGUCAAACUCAACGCGGCGACCGUGAAGGCUGUUGUCGAGUGUGGCUCAUUGGACUGGAGCAACCCGGGCACUCUUGCCAUCCAGGGCGGUACACUAUAUCAUGCGGAAAAGGACAAAGCCCGCGUUAUCCUUGCAGCAGACACCGUCUACUCGGAGGAGCACCCCGAGUUGCUCUCCAAAACGAUACUCCGGUGGCUGGCUCCAGGACCAUCGUCCCGGGUCAUCUUGACAUACUCAUUGCGUGUGGCUUACCUGGAUCAGAUUCGGGAGUUGUGGCAGCUUCUGGAAAAGGGUGGUCUUGAAGCACUUCAUGAAGGUCGUGAGCAGGCCGAGCUUGACAUCUGGGACGACGAACGUCUUUGCGAGUGGAGCGUAUGGGGAUGGCAACGGCACUCCACCCAUGCUGACCAGGAUCGCACCGAACACACGAGAGACCCUUGA